AUGUCGUAUUGCGAAAACAGUGAGAGGUCAAAGCACAAGAAAAUUGUUCGUACAUGGCGAAAGGAGGAAGACGAAAUACUCCUUAAAGCAGUCGAAAUGUUCGGGGAGAACAAUUGGGACAAAGUUUCUGAAUUGGUUCCCGAACGAACCAAAAAACAAUGCAAAGAACGAUACAUAAACAAUUUGUCUCAACGCAACGAGAAACGAAAAUGGACUUGUGAAGAAGAUUCGACGAUUCUUUCUUUAAGAAACUGUGUUGGAAACAAGUGGACACUCAUCAGUGAGAAACUUGUAAACAGAAGUCCAAACGCUGUCAAAAACAGAUAUUUUGGCCACAUAAAGCGACUUGGCAUAUCCGAACUCGAGUUGGUAGAGGAAGCUCUCAGAAACCGGUCUUCAAGCGCAUUUGAACCAGUGGACAAAAACAUGUUUACUGUAUGUAAUUGA